AUGAUUGAAAAGCAAAAUGGAGAGGGGGAUGUUGAUAAUAUAAAGCUACAGGAACUGCUAGAUAUAAUAUUUAAGGAACCUCCAAUACCGCUAGACAAAACAGAUAAUACACCUGAAUACCCCGAAUCAUUACUCCAGCAAACGCAAAAGGCUAAUAAAUACUAUAAUUCGUUUCAAGGGCUUACAAAACAGUUCGUGGAUGAAGGUAACGUGCAAUCAGAUGUAGUACGAUGGUCUAAUUCAAUAAUUCAAGUAACACUGAAGUCAAUAGUUGAGAAUUGGCAGACAGUAGAUGUCCAAGGAACAACAGAAAGUAGUGAGAGUGAAAACGGUGAUGAACAUAGAACUUUAGUCCAAUCAACGGCGAAUACUUUGUUCAGUUGGUCAUCAGGAGAUUCAUACAUUGAAUCCAGAAAAAGAGAAUUGCAAUUUCGUAACAACCAACUUAACAAUACAACGGCAAGCAACGGCAGCGUUCAACGUAAGAAAGACAAUUCCGAGGCUAAUAAACGUAUAGACAUUAAUAGCGAUAAUCUAAAGAAAAAAUUGCAUCUUGAAAUUCCAAAGGAAUCCAUUACGAAUAAGCUUAACCGUAUUGUGGACAGGGAAUCCAAUAAAUUUAUUCAUAAACGAAUCCAAUUGAUAAAGGCUCAUCACAGUGAACAAAUAUCUAAGGAAAUUCACGAAAGAAAGAGGAAAGAUCAUGAAAAGCAUCUUAAUAAGUUGAAGGAGAAAGAAGAGGAAUAUGAGAGGGCAUUACAGGAUGCAACCAGUGAUCAGGGUAAACAAAAUGGAUUUUUUGGAUCAUUAUUUGGCUUCAAUGUUGGCUCUAAUAAUAAUUCACAUAAUUUAGAUUUGCCAUCAGAGAUUGAUAAUCCAAGUCCUAGCAGAAAUAUGACAACUAGUCCUUCGGGUAAGAAUAAGCGGUUUUCAUUUUUGCCAACGGCAGGCUUAUCGUUGUGGGGCAACAAUACCUCUGUGAGCAAAAGUAUGAAAAUAGAAAAGGCUGCAGCUGCAAAGAAAGAAGCUAAGAACCCCAUAUUGAAUAUUCAUGGAACAUAUUCGAGCGAUUACCAAGGAGCAAUCGAUGCGAGUUCCUUACCUGAAAUCGUAGACGAAGUGAAUAUGAAUAACAAUCAGAAUGUCACACAGGAAGGAGAAAAGCAAUCCACGGAACUAAAAAAAGAAGCUACGAAAGAAGAAGUAAGGAAAGGAACAGAAGAUACAAAAGGAGAAAGGAAUGAUUCCAGUGAAGAACGGACAAAAUAUAACCUAAAAAGUAAAGAGGAAGAAAUACAACAGAGUAAAGAAAUACAACAGAGUAAAGAAAUCGCAUCGCAUAAGAACAAAGAUAGUUACGAAAAGGAAGAACGAGAAGAAGAAGAAGAAGAUGAUGUCGAUGAUGAGUUUGAAGAGUAUAAUUCAUCAUUGCCGAACCUUUCGAUGGUUCAAGAGCCUAUUCAACCUAUAAUAACAGGGAUCAAAAAAUCUACACAGUCAACUAGUCAUACAGGAAAUGACAACGAUAACCUAUUGGAAUUAUAA